GCACCGUGAACCACGAUCCUGUUCCUCCCGCGCGUAUCGUGAGCAUAAACACGCCGAGGAUCCUCGGUGUCGCAACCGAAGUGAAACUUGACUCCAAAGGAUAUUAAAGGGCUACGACCUUCCAGAGAUGAGCUGUAACUGUCCAUUAACGCCUUCAACCGGGCCGACUUUGGCAUCAACAUGCGGUGGUUCAUCCUUCAUGUUGUUCAUGGGCCUUCUAGAAGUAUUCCUUCGUAGCCAGUGCGACCUCGAGGAUCCAUGCAACAGGCCACUACCACCCCCUACUGUUAACUCCAGGUACGAUUUCGUAGUAAUUGGAGGUGGCAGUGCAGGUGCAGCAGUUGCGUCGCGAUUAUCAGAGGAACCACGAUUUUCGGUGUUAUUAUUAGAAGCCGGUCUGGAUGAGCCCACUGGGACGCAAAUACCUUCGUUCUUUUUUAAUUUUAUUGGGACUAACAUCGAUUGGCAGUAUAAUACCGAAAGUGAAGACACUGCGUGUCUAAAUAAAGAUGAUCGCAAGUGUUACUGGCCCAGGGGUAAGGUGCUGGGCGGAACCAGCGUUAUGAAUGGCAUGAUGUAUAUGAGGGGCUCGCGAAAGGAUUACGACGACUGGGCGAGGCUUGGAAACAUAGGAUGGUCUUAUCAAGAUGUCCUUCCAUAUUUCAUCAGGAGCGAGGAUAAUCUCCAAGCAAACAGUAUGGAUUACGGUUAUCACGGUGUCGGUGGACCACUCACGGUCACGCAGUUCCCUUAUCACCCGCCUUUGAGUUAUUCUAUCCUCGAAGCUGGAAAUGAACUUGGUUACGGUAUCGCGGACCUCAAUGGACGGACUCACACUGGAUUCGCCAUAGCCCAAACGACCUCGAGGAAUGGUUCACGUCUUUCAACGGCCCGGGCAUUUUUACGUCCAGCUAGAAAUCGACCGAAUCUCCACAUAAUGCUCAAUUCCACGGCUACCAGGAUCUUAUUCGACAAUAACAAAAGGGCGGUUGGCGUGGAAUUCGUCCAUGAUGGGAAGGUUCUUCGAGUUUCUGUGGCGAAGGAAGUGAUCAUAAGCGGAGGCGCCGUUAAUUCACCACAAAUACUUCUAAAUAGCGGUGUCGGUCCUCGGGAAGAGUUGAACGCUGUCGGUGUCCCUGUUGUUCACGAUCUACCUGGCGUUGGAAAAAAUCUUCACAAUCACGUCGCCUAUACGCUGACCUUCACUAUCAAUGACACUGACACGACUCCCCUUAACUGGGCAACCGCGAUGGAGUACCUUCUCUUCAGGGAUGGAUUGAUGUCCGGUACCGGUAUUUCUGAAGUGACCGCUAUGAUAAACACGAAAUACGCGAAUCCAAAGGAAGACCAUCCGGAUGUUCAGCUGAUCUUCGGUGGUUACUUGGCAGAUUGCGCGGAGACGGGCAUGGUUGGUGAAACGAAAGGUGCCAAUCGCACCAUUUACAUCAUUCCGACGUAUCUACACCCAAAAAGUCGAGGUUACCUUCGUCUACGAAACAACGAUCCGCUUUCGAAGCCGCUGAUUUAUCCGAAAUAUCUGAACCACCCUGACGACGUGGCUGGUCUUGUAGAGGCCAUUAAAUUCGGUAUCAAAUUGUCUGAAACCGAGGCUCUCAGCAGAUACGGAUUGCAGAUGGAUCGAACACCAGUGAAAAAUUGCGAGCACUUGAAAUUCGGUUGCGACGCAUACUGGGAAUGCGCUGUAAAGCACGACACCGCACCAGAGAAUCAUCAAGCAGGUUCCUGCAAAAUGGGCCCACCGGAUGAUCCUCUCGCAGUGGUAGACAAUCAAUUGAGAGUGAGGGGAGUGAGGGGAGUCAGAGUGGCGGAUACCAGUAUCAUGCCAAGAGUCGUUUCCGGUAACACGAAUGCACCUGCUAUUAUGAUUGGUGAACGCGCUGCGGAUUUCGUCAAGAGGACCUGGGUCGGCUGAACGAAGUCUUCUCACAAAACGGAACUCCCUUUGAAAUCGAAACGACAGGACUUCGUUCACUGAAAGAAAUUUAUAGUUGAUCACCGACUUCGAAAAUAUGAAACCUGAACAGAACGGAAUCCGAAUCAACGGAAGUUUGAUUUUGACAAAUAACGAGGAUCAAUUCGUUCCUAAAUUAUAAUUUCCAUAUGGCUCAUGAAGCAAUCAUACGAUACCUUCUUCAUUCAAUUAUUGCUGCUAUUUAAAAUAUUUUCAACUGGAAAUGUUUUUAAAAAUUAAGAAUUGAUUUUUACUUUCUAGGAAUAUUAUGUGGAAAAAUUAUGUGCAGGUUUUUAAUAACAUUUAGUUUUUUAAAAUCAUCGAUAUUGUUUCAUUGAAAAAUGAGUUAGGCAGUUUCGUGGAAAGUGUGAUGGUUGAAAGUACGGUGAAUUUGAUUACAAAUUUCUUUCAGUAUUUCGACAAGGAAAGCUAAGGUAGCGCUGUGCGCAUUUGAACAUGCAUAAUUGCCAUGGAAUACCAAUACCAAUUGCCAUGGCGACGUUGAGGAAUUUAAAGAGAUGUCAGAAUUUCUUCAAAUACAAUCGUAGAUAAAUUUCAUAUCAUAGACAAAUUUGAGAAAUCUUAGUCACGUGUAGUUUUAGGAAAUUAUUCCAGUAAUGGCAGCAGCUACCUCGGCUUUAAACCCUUUUUAUGUAGGAAAAGGCUACGAACUACUGUAAAUAGGGUUCAGCAAUAGUGUUGAAUACAAAUGUUCUAAUUAAAUGUAAUAUACGUUAUUCAGUACCUAUUAUGCACAUUUAACAAUUUAGUAUUUUCGCGAUAUCUUCUUUCAGAUUAUGAAAAUUUGUUUCUUUAAUCGCAAACAGAAACAGUAAUUUUGGAAACGACAGAAGUUAAAAAAUAUAUGACAAAACAUAACAAUAUCAUUUAUAAAAAAGGAAAUAUAGUAUAAUAAUACAAUACUCAAUUAUAAGUAACAACGCAAUGUUUCCUUAUAAAUAUCCUUAAAUGUAGAAGAGGUAGGACAUCUCAGUUACGAUGAAAUAUGUUAGUCUGUAAGCGAGGAGAACAGAAAAAGUUUCUGUUUUAACAACAACUUAUUAAUAAAUUUAAAAAAUGAUGCAAAUCUUCUUUACACAAUUUAGAUAAAUUAGCUAUAAAUUAUAUUAACUAAUGAUCAUCGUAAAUAUACUUGUAAUCUAUUAACAAUAAAUAACAAAUUAUUAAGCUAUUUUCAAAAAAU